ACGAGUCUCUCUGGGGAGAGCGAGGAGGGGACCACUGCCUCUAAAACAAGUCUCUUUGGGGAGAGCGAGGAGGGGACCACUGCCUCUAAAAUGAGUCAAGACACCAGUUUAAAGAGUGUCCAGAAGCCCAGAGCAGAGUCACCUACAACCAGCCUGCUAUCAAUGAAGAGUGAUCAGCCACCUGCUUUCAGCCAGGAACCAUUACCAGAUGACAAUAAGGAAGUGGAGAGUUUGGACAGUGAGGAUGCAUUAAAGAUCACACACAACCUUCUGGACAGAAGAAGUCAAACUCUGCUGACAGUCCAACAAGAGAUCAAGGCUAAACUGCAACACAAGUAUCAACACAUAUCUGAAGGAAUUGGACACCAUGGAAACCAAAGUCUGUUCAAGGACAUCUACACAGAGCUCUACAUCACAGAGGGUGGAAGUGGAGGGCUCAAUAAUGAACAUGAGGUUAGACAGAUGGAGAUGGCAUCCAAAAAACAAACCACACAAGAGACACCAAUCAAAUGCAACGACAUCUUCAAGCCUUUACCUGGACAAGACAAACCUAUCAGAACUGUGCUGACCAAAGGAAUCGCUGGCAUUGGAAAAACAGUCUCUGUGCAGAAGGUCAUCCUUGACUGGGCAGAGGGGGGGGAGAAUCAGGACGUUAAUUUCAUGUUUCCUCUUCCUUUCCGUGAUCUGAACCUGAAAAAGGACCAAUACAGUCUGAUGCAACUUCUUUCCCACUACUUCUCAGAGCUGAAAGAGAUUGACAGCAUUGAAGAUGGUGAAACCAAAACUGUUUUCAUUUUUGAUGGUCUGGAUGAGUGUCGACUUCCUCUAGACUUCAAAAACAAUGAGAAGUGCUGUGACGUCACGAAGCCAACCUCAGUGGAUGUGCUGCUGACAAACCUCAUCAAGGGGAAUCUGCUUUCCUCUGCUCUCCUCUGGAUAACCUCACGGCCUGCAGCAGCCAAUCAGAUCCCUCCUGAGUGUAUUGACCAGGUGACAGAGGUACGAGGGUUCAAUGAUCCACAGAAGGAGGUGUACUUCAGGAAGAAGAUACCAGAUCAGAAUCUGGCCAAUGAAAUCAUCAAACACAUGAAGACAUCAAGGAGCCUCCACAUCAUGUGCCACAUGCCAGUCUUCUGUUGGAUAUCAGCUACUGUCCUUGAGAUGAUACUGAAAGAGGCAGAGAAGGAUGAAGUCCCCAAAACUCUGACCCAGAUGUACUCACACUUCAUACUCAUCCAAAUCAUUGUGAAGAACAGAAAGUACAACAAAGCCACAGAGACGAACCCAAAGGAACUGUCUCAGUCAGACAAAGAGAUGAUCCUGAAACUGGCCAAGCUGGCUUUCCAACAGCUGCAGAAGGGCAACCUGAUCUUCUAUGAGGAGGACCUGAGAGAGUGUGGCCUUGACGUCACAGAGGCAUCAGAGUACUCAGCAUUGUGUACAGAGAUCUUUAAAGAAGAAUCUGGGCUGUACCAAGACAAGGUCUACAGCUUUGUGCAUCUGAGCAUUCAGGAGUUUCUAGCAGCAGUGCAUGCUUUAGAAUCAUAUCUGGGCAAGAAGGAAAAUGUUUUCUCCACCAAAGCAGUCACUGGUGUUGAUGAUGAUGAUGAGGAGGAGGAAGAUGAGGAAGAUGAGGAGGAGAAUGAUGAUGAGGAAGAGAAGGGAGAUAAGGAGGAAGAUGAGGAGGAGAAUGAUGAGGAGGAGAAGGAUGACGACAACAACGACGAUGACGACGAGGAAGAUUAUGACAAUGAUGACGUGAAGGAGUCAAUCCAGUUGUCUGACUUACACAGGAGAGCAGUGGACCAGGCCUUGAAGAGUGAGAAUGGACACCUGGACCUGUUCCUCCGCUUCCUUCUGGGUCUCUCACUGGAGUCCAAUCAGAAUCUGUUACGAGGCCUUCUGACACAGACAGGAAGUACAACACAGACCAAUGAGAGAACAGUCAGGUACCUUUCAGACAAGAUCGACGAAGAAUCUUCACCAGAAAGGAUCAUCAACUUGUUCCACUGUCUGAAUGAACUUGGUUCCAACUCUCUAGUUGAAGACAUGCAGACCUCCCUGCAUUCAGUAACUCUAUCAGAAACAAGACUAAAACCUGACCAAUGUUCAGCCCUGGCCUACCUGUUACUGAUGUCAGAGGAGGUGCUGGAGGAGUUUGACCUGAAGACAUACAACACACCAGAGGAAGGUUAUCAGAGGUUUCUGCCGGUAGUGAAAACCUGCAAGAGAGCACUACUAGCUGGCUGUAAACUCACAUAUAAAUCUUGUGAAACUCUGGCCUCAGCUCUGCAGAAACAUAACUCUCCCCUGAGAGAACUGGACCUCAGCUACAAUGACCUGGGAGACAGAGGAGUGGAGCUGCUCUGUGUUGGACUAACCAGUCCACUCUGCAACAUACAGACACUAGUACUAGCCGGCUGUAAACUCACAUAUGAAUCCUGUGAGACUCUGGCCUCAGCUCUGCAAACACCAAACUCCCCCCUGAGAGAACUGGACCUCAGCUACAAUGACCUGGGAGACAGAGGAGUGGAGCUGCUCUGUGUUGGACUAACCAGUCCACUCUGCAACAUACAGACACUAGUUCUUGGUCAAUGUGGUCUGACAGAGGGUUACUGUUCAGAUCUGGCCUCAGUCCUGAGUUCACCCAACUCACAACUGAAACAACUGGAGCUGAGAGACAAUGACCUGCAGGACUCAGGAGUUACACUGCUGUCUGCUGGACUGGAGGAUCCAGACUGUAAACUACACACACUAGGGCUGUCUGGCUGUCUGGUCACAGAGGAGGGCUGUGCUGCUCUGUCUUCAGCUCUGAGGUCAAACCCCUCCCACCUGAAAGAGCUGGACCUGAGCUACAAUCCCCCAGGAGACUCUGCAGGGGGACUGCUUUCAGCUGCUCUGGUGGAUCCCACAUAUAAACUGAUGAAGCUGAAUGUGGAUCAUGGUGGAGAGUGCAGGCUGAAAUCAGGGCUGAGGAAAUAUGCCUGUCAUCUCACCCUGGACCCAAAUACAGCAAACCCACACCUGAUACUGUCUGAGGGGAACAGGAAGGUGACACGGGUGGUGGAGGACCAGCAUUAUGAAGACCAUCCAGACAGAUUUGACUGUCUUUAUCAAGUUCUCUGCAGAGAAUGCUUAUCUGGAGGUCGUUACUACUGGGUGGUGGAGAUGGAUGGUACCGGGGCAGUCAUUGGUGUGGUGUACAGAGGAAUGAAGAGGAAGGGAAGGGGGGUUGACAGUGACAUUGGAGGCAAUAAGAAGUCCUGGUGUUUAUUCUGCUCUCGUAGUGGUUAUUGCUUUUACCAUCCUGGAGUCUGUAGCAGAUCCAUCCCUGGUCCUGUUUCUAACAGAGUUGGAGUGUAUCUGGACUGGCCAGCUGGUACUUUGUCCUUCUAUAGUGUGUCCUCCUCUGGUACACUGACACACCUUCACACAGAACACACCACGUUCACUGAACCCCUCUAUCCUGGGUUUGGCGUUUCUUCCUCCUCGGUGACCUCAGUGACCCUGCGUCAGAUAGAUGACCAACACAUUAAGAGAAAUAGAAAGACAGACCAUGGUGGAGAUAGUUGGAUCAAGCCUGGACCUGAGAACACCAGAGACCAUGGUGGAGAGUGUUGUAUCAAGUCUGGACCUGGGGACACCAGAGACCAUGGUGAAGAUAGUUGGAUCAAGCCUGGACCAAAGAACACCAGAAACCAUGGUGGAGAGUGUUGUAUCAAGUCUGGACCUGGGGUCACCAGAGACCAUGGUGGAGAGUGUUGGAUCAAGCCUGGACCUGAGAAAUGGAUUCCUCAGAGCUGUAAGACUUGUGACCAUGUUGAGGACUCCACACACUGGCUUCAGAAUGAACCCUUGACUUCCACUGUCCAGGGAGUGACAAUGUUCAGGCACAGGACACCCAGAGGGAGUUAUGAGUGCACAGUGUCUGGGCUCCGCUGGCUGUGUGAGAGAGAUGUCAUUCUGAAGUAUCACUUCAGGAACUGGGAACCCUACAGUCAACUUCUGAAAGACAUGCAGUACACACAAGGUGGUCCAUUGCUGGACAUCACUAUGGAGUUAGGUGAACUGGAGGAAGUUCAUCUGCCACACUUUGUCUGUUUAGGGACCAACCCUUCCCUGAGGAAUGAGAUGAAGAUUCUUCAUGUAGAGGAACAUGGAGUGUCUUUAGAGGAAGUGCAUGAGGUCACCAGAUUCCAUGCUACGAUUCUCCAUCCCAAGUUCUCAGCUAUCUCUGUUAUACUGAGCUAUAUAUUUUCUUGGAUCCUAGAUGUCCACUGUGAUGUGGUCCUCUAUAUGGCAGUAAAAAGGUCAACAGUCAUUUCAAGGCUGUACCUGCUCCUCAGAAACUCCAGUCAGAAAGAGGCUGUUCGGGAACGGGAGAAAGAUCAGGUGUCCCAAGGAUAUUCCGAAUUUCUCCUGCCAAGUCCAAAUGGGCCCUUAAAGAUGAACACUUGGUUUGCACUCAAGAAUCCCCUCUCCACUUUCAUCUAUCCAGAGAAGAUUCAGCUGUUACCUGCAAACACCACACCAAGCUGUUGUAAGAUGAUUAUGGGAAACACAGGGGUGGACAUUGAGAUGGAGUUAAUCGGGGAUGAUGAGAGGACAGUAUGGAAAUCAGUGGUAUCAAAAGAUGAAUACAGCAAAGUCUCUCAUCCAACACCAUUAACACUCUCUGGGAUUCCUGCUGAGGAGUUUCUGAAGAAACACAGGGCUGAACUCAUUCAGGGAGUCAAAAACCCAAUGCCAAUAGCAGAUGAUCUGUCAUCAAAGAGCAUGAUUGGUGAUGAAGAGUACUCCAGAAUAACAGCUGAAACAACUGAACAGGAGCGAAUGAGAAAACUACUGAAUGCAGUCCUCCCUAAAGGACCAGAAGUGAUGGGAGCUUGUCUCAAAGCUCUCAGUGAACAUGAACGCCAUCUUGUUAAGUUCUUGAGUGAAUCGAGCACCUAAUCUGAAGAUGCUGAGGCCUGUCUCCUAGUCUGUGGACAAAGACACUUCUCCACCUAAUCUGACGAUGCUGAGGCCAUAUAUAAGACAACUGCUGGGUCUGACCAGGGAGAGCUCCUGAUUGACAUGUGUACUAUGGUGCAUUGUGUUGGGUCUGACCAGGGAGAGCUCCUGAUUGACAUGUGUACUAUGGUACAUUGAGUUGGGUCUGACCAGGGAGAGCUCCUGAUUGACAUGUGUACUAUGGUACAUUGAGUUGGGUCUGUCCAGGGAGAGCUCCUGAUUGACAUGUGUACUAUGGUGCAUUGAGUUGGGUCUGACCAGGGAGAGCUCCUGAUUGGUUUGAACCUUUCCAGCUCAUUUCAGAUUGACUUCGAGUGUCUCUCUGUGGAAGAAUUUCCACAACAUGAUUUUGAAAACUCAAUUAAGGGGAUGAACUGGAAUGAUCUCUCGUCCUAUACAGAUGGGGAAGCUGAUAGUCAGGCUAGUUAAAGACACACACCACCACGUUGACGUCUUGACCCAAGACCUUCCUUAGAUUCUUUACGGGAUUACAACUCACUCUGUCUGAAGGAAAUUAGGAAAUGGACUCACGAAAGGGGGAAUCGCUUGAGAGGGCAGAGAAGGCACGUGACAUCAUCGACGUGGCGUUGAGAAAAGGAACUGAGUCGUGUUCCAGGAUAAUCAACCUUCUUGGGGAGCCGAACCCCAAAUCUUUGUUCACAGCUUCAGAUCAACAGUUGUAGUCAACCCCUGGAGAUGGGGAGACCAGGAAGAAUAGACAGGCAGGAUGGUUCAACAUGUUCUGGUUGUCUGUUGCUUUAAUUCAGGCUCCCGAAAAUGUAAAUCAAACAUGACCACUAAAAUAACGAUAAAACUUACGAAAGGUCCAAUCAAACAGCUGGAGGGUCAGUUAGGUCCAAUCAAACAGCCUCUCUCCUUCUGCCCCCUCCUGGAAGGUCCAAUCAAACAGCCUCUCUCCUUCUGCCGCCUCCUGGAAGGUCCAAUCAAACAGCCUAUCUCCUUCUGCCGCCUCCUGGAAGGUCCAAUCAAACAGCCUAUCUCCUUCUGCCGCCUCCUGGAAGGUCCAAUCAAACAGCCUCUCUCCUUCUGCCGCCUCCUGGAAGGUCCAAUCAAACAGCCUCUCUCCUUCUGCCGCCUCCUGGAAGGUCCAAUCAAACAGCCUAUCUCCUUCUGCCGCCUCCUGGAAGGUCCAAUCAAACAGCUGGAGGGUCAGUUAGGUCCAAUCAAACAGCCUCUCUCCUUCUGCCGCCUCCUGGAAGGUCCAAUCAAACAGCCUCUCUCCUUCUGCCGCUUCCUGGAAGGUCCAAUCAAACAGCUGGAGGGUCAGUUAGGUCCAAUCAAAUAGCCUCUCUCCUUCUGCCGCCUCCUGGAAGGUCCAAUCAAACAGCCUCUCUCCUUCUGCCGCCUCCUGGAAGGUCCAAUCAAACAGCCUCUCUCCUUCUGCAGCCUCCUGGGAGUGUGGAUCUUCUAGCAGGAGGGUCAGUCAGUCCUACACUAGGUACCUAGCUGGACCCCUAUCUAGCUGGAGGGUCAGUCAGUCCUACACUAGGUACCUAGCUGGACUGUCAGUCAGUCCUACACUAGGUACCUAGCUGGACCCCUAUCUAGCUGGAGGGUCAGUCAGUCCUACACUAGGUACCUAGCUGGACCCCUAUCUAGCUGGAGGGUCAGUCAGUCCUACACUAGGUACCUAGCUGGACCCCUAUCUAGCUGGAGGGUCAGUCAGUCAGUCCUACACUAGGUACCUAGCUGGACUGUCAGUCAGUCCUCCACUAGGUACCUAGCUGGACUGUCAGUCAGUCCUCCACUAGGUACCUAGCUGGACCCCUAUCUAGCUGGAGGGUCAGUCAGUCCUACACUAGGUACCUAGCUUGACCCCUAUCUAGCUGGAGGGUCAGUCAGUCCUACACUAGGUACCUAGCUUGACCCCUAUCUAGCUGGAGGGUCAGUCAGUCCUACACUAGGUACCUAGCUGGACCCCUAUCUAGCAGGAGGGUCAGUUAGUCCUCCACUAGGUACCUAGCUGGACCCCUAUCUAGCAGGAGGAUCAGUCAGUCCUCCACUAGGUACCUAGCUGGACCCCUAUCUAGCAGGAGGAUCAGUCAGUCCUCCACUAGGUACCUAGCUGGACUGUCAGUCAGUCCUCCACUAGGUACCUAGCUGGACCCCUAUCUAGCAGGAGGAUCAGUCAGUCCUCCACUAGGUACCUAGCUUGACCCCUAUCUAGCAGGAGGAUCAGUCAGUCCUACACACAUUCAACAUAAAUAUUUUUUUAUUAAUAUAUUGUACAGUGUUGGCCUGUUAGAGGUUCAUGGGACUGGCUGGAUAUCAACACAACCACCUCAGUCUAUCAGCAGCUUUCUGUGUUGAAACAGGAAGUCCAUUUAUAAGGAAGUAGAGGAAAGGGUUUACCUCUUAUUAUAGCUCAAUUCCGCCAAUAAAAAUAAGCAAGACCUAGCAAGAAUAAUACCGUGACUUCCGCGAUUUUCCUUCAAAAUAAAAAGUCCAGCAGUUUGUGAAUUUCCUUUUUGUUAUUAUUUAAAAAAAUAUUUUUUCGAAAUUCGUAACACUUUAGGAGGAAAUAUUAGCAGACUUAGAAUGUUGUUCAACAAUAUGAAAACAAGUAAUAAAGUAAAUCGUCUUUACUGCAGAAAUUAGAUUAUAGCGUUGACAUUUGAUCACGGGAUUAAAAGUAAUGAUUACUGGACAGUUGUCAUGGUAACGGCCGUAAUGCUAUAACAAAACAUUAUAAUGCUACUUUUAGCAAUGAUAGUAAUAACACUAUUAAUUCAUAAUAGUUUUAUAAUAAUACAUGUUAUAGUUUAUUAGUUACAUGUGCAGAGAAGCAGAUGUAGUGGCGGGGUACAGUGAAAAUCUCAUGGUAAAAAAAUAAAAUAAAUAACAAUCCAUAUAAAGUCCAGUCAUUUAUUAAAUUAGAGGUGAAGAUAUUGUUUAAAUACUAUAAUG